AUGGCAAUCAGGCAGUUGUUCUUUAACCAGGAUCAAAAGCGUACCCAUUUCUUGAAGAACAUUCGGUCCUUUAACAAUAUGUUUUGCUUUACUUCCAUGGGUGGAAAAAUUGACAGAACUGUCAACAAUGGUAGUGCACCACUGACUUUUAGGUUACAUGGUCAAAAUUUUCACUUAAUGGGUAGUUUGCUACCACAAUCUGGUGAAAGACCAAAGUUUGCUCAAUUGGAAGAUGAGUCAACCAAUACAAUGCAUCGUGAAAUUGUUAAAGGCAUCAAUGAUGCACUGGAUGAAAAUAAUGUUUUGGUCAAGAGUUUUAGGAUGGCCAAAACAGAGAUGGAAAGUAAUCAUAGAACUGAUAUUAAAAUCAAACUCAUCGGUAAGAGGAACAAGGAUGCAAGGACAUAUAACUUGCCACAGGUUGGGGAAGUGGCCGCAUUGAUUGUUGGUGAUUUAGAUCCAAACAUGGGAGAAAGAGAUAUAUUGGUGGAGUCUAAAGCUGAUGCAUUAACACGUGGUGAAGUAGAUCCUACUUCCCAAGGAAAGCGCAUCAUUUUGCCAUCGAGUUUUACCGGAGGUGGCCUGAGAUUGAAAUAUUUUUACAACCAAAGGAAACUCAAAGUUGAAGAUAGGCCAGAUAUAGUAUGCCGUGUGUUUAAAAUGAAAUUAAAUGCACUCAUAAAAAACAUUCAGAAAGAGAACAUUUUUGGAGUGGUAGAUGCAGUAAUUUACACCAUUGAAUUUCAAAAAAGGGGAUUGCCACAUGCUCACAUUUUGAUAUUCUUGAGCAAGAGUAACUCUUACCCUAAUCCUAAAGAUAUUGACAUGAUCAUAUCUGCUGAGAUUCCAAGUCAAUUGUGCGACCCUGAGUAUUAUAAAGUUGUAGAAGAAUUUAUGAUUCACGGUCCAUGUGGUGCAGCAAGGAAGAAUUCACCUUGCAUGAUAAAUGGUAUGUGCUCUAAAUUCUUCCCCAAAAAAUUUGUUGAAAACUCAACAGUGGAUUUCGAUGGAUAUCCAAUCUAUUGGCGUCGAGAUAAUGGUCGUACAAUACGGAAGAAUGUGAUUGACCUUGAUAGUAGAUAUGUUAUUCCACACAAUAGACAUUUACUUAUGAAGUACAAGGCUCAUAUUAAUGUGGAGUGGUGCAACCAAUCUAGAUCAAUAAAGUACUUAUUCAAAUACGUCAACAAGGGUAAUGAUAGGGUCACAGCUGAAUUCUACAACAAUGGGGUGGAAGAAUCUACUGGAAAGAUUGUAGAUGAAAUCAAGAUGUACUAUGACUGUAGAUAUAUUUCACCCCCUGAGGCCGCGUGGAGGAUUUUUGCGUUUGACAUACAAUUUAGGAAUCCAUCUGUUGAGCGAUUGAGUUUCCAUCUUCCCAAUGAGCAAUCAAUAAUAUUUCAUGACGACGAUUUGGUCAAUGAUGUUGUAAAUCGACCGACAGUAGCUCAAAGCAUGUUUACUGCCUGGUUUGAGGCUAAUAAAAAGUACGCAGCAGGGAGGCAGUUGACUUAUUCACAGAUGCCAACCAAAUUUGUUUGGAAGAAUAAUAAAAGAGAAUGGCAACCUUGGCAAAGAAAUUGGGCAAUUGGUCGAAUCUUUUAUGUGCCACCAAAUACUGGUGAGAUCUUUUAUCUUAGAUGUUUACUUAAUAUAGUUCGUGGACCGACUUCAUUUGAUGAGAUUAAAAAAGUCGAUGGUGUUCAAUACAAUUCAUUUAGAGAUGCAUGUUAUGCCCGCGGAUUAAUCGAAGAUGAUAAAGAGUAUGUUGAUGCAAUCACUGAGGCAGCAACUUGGUCUUUAGCCCAUUCUCUACGGAAGUUGUUUGUUACACUUUUAACAUCCAAUUCAAUGUCCAAGCCAGAAAAUGUUUGGGAGAUGGUUUGGCAAUACUUAUCAGAUGAUGCUCAAUAUAUUUCUAGAAGGAACCUCUCAGUCCCAGAUUUAAGUCUAAAUGAAUCUCAAAAAAAGAAUUUUGCGUUGCUUGAAAUGGAGAAGUUGUUGAAUGCUUGGAACAAAUCUCUAUCAGAUUAUCCACCUAUGCCAAUGCCAGAUGAAAACAAUGAUUGGUUUUCUGGUAACAGGUUGUUGUUAGAGGAGAUGUCAUAUGAUAGGGAAGCUCUAAUGCAUCAACAUAAUUCGUUGCAUCCGAAACUAACUGAUGAACAGUUACUCAUAUACAAUAAGAUUUCAGCAGCUUUACGGUCCAAAGGCAAAGUUUUUCUAAAUGUAGCAUCAAGCGGUAUAGCUUCGUUGCUGCUACCUGGAGGUAGGACUGCACACUCCAGGUUUGCUAUACCAAUUGGUGUUAAUGAAGAUUCCACUUGCAACAUCAAGCAAGGCAGUCCACUUGCUGAAUUGAUAAUCAAAUCCAAAUUAAUAAUUUGGGAUGAAGCUCCGAUGAUGCACAAACAUUGUUUUGAAGCAUUGGACCGAACAAUGAGAGAUUUAAUGCAUUUCAAGAAUUCAAGGAGCUCAACAAUGACAUUUGGAGGGAAAAUAGUGGUGUUGGGUGGAGACUUUAGACAAAUUCUACCCGUUAUUCCGAAAGGUACUAGACAAGAUAUAGUACAAGCCAGUAUUAAUUCAUCUUACCUGUGGAAUAAUUGUGAAGUUCUUCGUCUAACGAAGAAUUUAAGAUUGCGAGGUGUUACAAAUGAAGACGAUGUUGAGAAGUUAGAUAGUUUUGCCAAGUGGAUUACGGAUUUAGGUAACAGUAAUCUUGGUGGUGAAGACAAUGGUGUUGAUUGCAAUAUAAUGAUACCAUCUUCAAUUGUAUUAGAAAACGAGGUUGAUCCUAUUAGACAAAUUGUUGAAAGCACAUUCCCUGAAUACCGUUCUGGGAACAUGGAUGAAAGACAACUAGAGAAUAGAGCUAUAUUAGCUCCAACAUUAGAUGUUGUUGACGAGGUCAAUGAAUACAUGAAUGGUAUUAAUCAAGCUGUAUCAAGGACAUACUUGAGUUGUGAUUCUGUUUGCAAGGCUAAGACAAACUUUGAUAUGCAAUCUCAGGUACACACAACAGAAUUUUUAAAUAGCUUGAGGUGCUCAGGUGUACCAAACCACUCUUUAACGCUGAAAGUUGGAACUCCAGUUAUGCUGUUGAGGAAUAUAGAUCACUCAAUGGGGUUGUGCAAUGGUACAAGGUUAAUAGUAACACAAUUGGGAAAUCAUGUUAUUGAGGGAAAAAUCAUAUUUGGCAAUAACGCAGGUACAAAGGUUUUGAUACCAAGGCUAUCUUUGACUCCUUCAGACCCAAGACUUCCAUUCAAGUUUCAAAGAAAGCAGUUCCCACUUAUGUUAUCAUAUGCAAUGACAAUCAACAAAAGUCAAGGUCAGACGCUUUCACAUGUUGGUUUGUUACUGAAAAAACCUGUUUUUAAUCAUGGCCAAUUAUAUGCGGCAGUUUCUCGGGUCAGUAAUCCGGAUGGUCUUAAGGAAAACUUAUUUAAUGCUGACAUAGAUAUGGGAACGUUGCAGUGUUGUAACACACGAUGCAACACCUUAUUAGACGGAUGGCCUAGACAAUGGUGCCACUGGGAAAUGCGAGACAGCUGCAUGGAAUUAGAUGUAGGUUGA